CUUAUCCCCGAUCCUACAUUUCCAUCUCAGCUGCACAUCAACGAAUUGUCUCGCUUUGUUGUUUUCUGUUGCAGCUAUUGCUUGAUUGAUUGGCUUACAUUACCUACUUGAUAAAAUCAUAUAUCAUGGCUACCGACCCAGACGGCGACUCCCAGAUGGCUUCCUCCCCGGAAUCAUCCCAUGGCCUCUCCGAAGACUCUCACCCGGGUACCCGCACCCCAACCAACAAGCUCACCAACCCGCGUCCUCCUCCCUUUGGCGGCUCAGAACUCUCCCCGCCAGGCUCUCAAACACAAACCGCUACGCUGAACACCCAGGGACAGAUGGCCUUCAACCAGAGCCUAAUUGACUCUCCGCUCGCGACGCAGACAACUCAGCAGGUACAGCAACAGCAACAGCAGGCACAGCAGAUGGAUGCGCCGGGUGCGGCGUGGAUGAGUAAAAGGGCAGAGGAGGAGUAUCAGCGCGCGAUGGAGUCCGUGGUUGAUCAUGAUUUCAAUCUGGAUGAAUUCGGAGAUCCGUUUGAUGAGAGGGAUGUCGAGGAGAAGUUGUUUUGAGGGUGAUUCUUUGCAUUGUGUGGGUAUAGCGGUGGUGUUCGGGGAGUUGGUGGUUUCUUGUCUCUUUUUUUACGCUUGUGAUUUGUGAUUUGGGGAGUGAUGGUGUAUGCAUGAGUUAUGAGCAUGAGAUAUGAGUUUAUUGCAUCUGGUUGCUGGUUC